AUGGUUACACGCGAAGAAGAACCUUUAAAAGAGCAAGUUAAAGUUAAGAAAAAGAGUUUAAAGGAGAAAAUAGCUUACCUAAAAGAUAACAUAACUCUAGAACCAGUUUUGGCUGGUUACGUUAUACCAGGAGUAUUAUCAAGACUUGCAACUCAAAACCUCAACCUUGAUAAAGCAUGUCGGGUCAACUUAAAGUAUGGGGAUGCUAUCUGCGAUGCUCUUAUUGCAAAAGAAGGCAACAUGUAUCAGAAAGAAGAACUAUACAUACAGGAGCUAAUCGCGUCGAUGGAAACUUGGAAAAAUAUUAUUUUAACAGCAUUACCAAGUUUCAUAAUUUUGUUUUUAGGCGCCUGGAGUGAUAGGACUGGAAAAAGAAAGAUAUGUAUUUUACUUCCUAUCGUAGGUGACCUGCUUGCAUGCUUAACUAUUACAGCAGGUGGACCUAUAGGAACUGCAUUAAGUGGAAUAUUAUUAAAAUAUAUUGGGUAUUAUGGGAUUUUUACAUUGAGCUCAAUGUUAUAUGUAUGCAGCAUAUGUCACGGUAUAUUUUGCAUUAAGGAUCCGCAAAGGCACAAGCAAGAAAAGAAAACCGAGGAGAAGCCAUUUAGUUUAUGGGGAUUUUUAAAAUCUUUUUUCGACAUAAAACAUGUCAAAGACACUCUAACAGUAGCUUUCAAAAACGGUCCUAAUCAUAGAAGAACAAAGUCUAUCUUGGUCCUUGCAUCUAUUGCUUUUAUUUAUGGACCCGCUCACGGAGAAUAUACAAUCCGAUAUCUCUUUACUCGAUAUCGUUUCAAUUGGGAUGCCGUCAAGUACAGUUUCUAUAGCACGUUUUACAUUGGUAUACAUACACUUGGAGCACUAAUUUCAAUAAGUAUUUUCAGUAGAAAAUUAAAAUGGGACGAUUCUAUGUUAGGAUUAAUUUCCAACGUCAGCAAAAUUGUAGGAGCCUUGGCUACAGGUUUGGCUAGAAAUGGCUUGGAGAUGUACUUGGCUGUUGCAAUAGAGAUGUUUAAUGCGACAUCAUUUACAGCGUUAAGAUCUAUCUCAUCGAAACUUGUAACGAGUGAUGAAUUAGGAAAAAUGAUAUCUUUUUUUCAAUUUAAUGGAGGUGGUAACAUCAAUGAUUUUCGGGCCCACCUAUUCGUGGAUAUACAUGAUGACUUUAAAAGUAGAUGCCGGAAUUGUGUACUAUAUAAGCACUGGGCUGACAGUUCCACCUAUUUUAAUUUUUGGGUGGUUUUUCGUGCAACAUCGAAAAAGUAUAAAAGGACAAAAAUCUGA